AUUGCGCCAGCGCAAUUCCAACCAAAGCAUUGAACUUUAAUUUCUACAAAAAGAGACUUAAAACAAAAUCAAAUAACAUAAAAAUCAUUACGUGAGAAUACAAGCAAUUAAAUGGUGUAGUUGCAAAUAUUUUCAGAACAAUAAUAAUAUUCUACGACGAAUUCUGUAGUCAACGCAAUACGAAGUGUAAAGGUUUUCCUUUUUUGUGAAGUAGAAGCCAUCGUAACACAUUGAAGUUUCUUCGUUGUUGCUGUGUAACACUACUCUUAAAGUUUUAAGGUAUAUUCAAGUACAGAAAGUGUUUUUUUAAUUUCAAAAAGAUUAAAAACAUUUUAAAUUAUCUCUUAAAAUGAAACUGUCAGGGUAUCAUUUUGUUAUUGGACAACUUUUAUUCGUCUCUAAUUAAUUGCAAACAAUUCAUAAUUUGUAUAUAAAUUUCCUUCAAGGCAGUAAUGGCUGUCAAGGGGCUAAUAGCAGCAAUUGUUCAAUUUUUAACUCAACAAUUAGAAGAAGGUGAUAUUACAGCAGAUUCUCGAGAAAGCCUUGAAGUAGCGAUACAAUGUUUAGAAAGUGCUUAUAAUGUACAAGCAUCAGAUACUCCAACAAAUUUUAACUUAUACGAAGUUUAUAAGUCUUCCGUAGAAAAUGCAAAACCUUGUUUAGCUCCAGAAGCUACUCCAGAAGCAAAAGCUGAAGCUGAAAGAUUAAAAAAUGAAGGAAAUACUCUCAUGAAGGCUGAAAAACAUCAUGAAGCUCUUGCCAAUUAUACAAAAGCAAUUCAAUUAGAUGGUCGUAAUGCUGUGUAUUAUUGUAACCGUGCUGCAGCAUAUAGUAAAAUUGGCAAUUAUCAACAAGCAAUUAAUGAUUGUCAUACUGCAUUGUCCAUUGAUCCCUCGUACAGUAAAGCAUAUGGACGUUUAGGUUUAGCAUAUUCCAGCUUGCAAAGACAUAAAGAGGCUAAAGAAAGCUAUCAGAAAGCUUUAGAAAUGGAACCUGAUAAUGAAAGUUAUAAAAAUAAUUUACAAGUAGCAGAAGAAAAAUUAGCUCAACCAAGCAUGAGUAAUAUGGGAUUAGGUGGAAGUGCAUUACCAGGCAUGGAUCUUAGUUCACUCUUGAGUAAUCCUGCUCUUAUGAACAUGGCUCGUCAAAUGUUAUCCAAUCCAGCUCUACAAAAUAUGGUGAGCAAUUUUAUGAGUGGACAAGUUGAACAGGGAGGACAUAUGGAUGCUCUUAUAGAAGCUGGUCAACAUUUUGCACGACAAUUACAAAAUGCUAAUCCUGAAUUAAUUGAAUCUUUAAGACGACAAAUGGGAGGAAAUCCAAAUGAUCCAGAUCCACCUCAACAAAAUUAAAAACUAUGAUUAUGAUACAUUUUAAUGAUUUUACAUGAAAUGGAAAUAAUCAAAUUUAAUUGGAACAUAUACAUAAUUAAAAAGCAGUGUGUAUCAUUUUCUAAUAUGAAAAAGUGAAAAAUU